AUGGUUCUACAUUUUCCGUUGACAGUAGCUGAAAUUCCAUAUCGUUUGCAUCAAAAGAUGUCUCCCAACAAACAGGAAGUGUCUAAGACAACAGCUGUUUCUUCUACUGGAUAUGAAGUAACUAGAAGUUUUAGGAAUCUCGGUGAACCGGUUUAUGUCAAUGUGUAUCAUUUACAUUGGCCUAACGGAUUAAAAAUGGGUGCAUAUCAUACGGGUACUGUUGUCUACGACAGGGAAUUCGGUUUUGGUGGACAUCCAUUCGCCAGUAGUGGUAUUUUUCAAACUACACCAAUGGAUAUUGAUAACUUAGGUGAGGAAAUCUCUUUCAAGGAAAGGCUGUAUAUGGGUCGGACUUAUCUAUCAAAGAAAGCAGUCGAGCGGCUGCUUGUAAGUUUGGCUGACGAAUUCCGUGGUGAUGCCUAUCAUUUGCUUCAUUUCAACUGCAAUCAUUUCACUUCACAGUUUGUUGAUCUUCUGUGUCAUGGUACUCUACCGAAAUGGGUGAAUAGGUUAGCUCGUAUUGUAUCCGGAUUACCAUUCAUUGAAUCCUUCCUACCACCACAUUGGGUUCGACCUAGUUUAAUGUAUGACUGUGAUUAUGAUGAGGAAGAUUUCCGAGAAGAAGAAGAAGUAGAAGACGAUGAAGUGGUGAAGACAUUUUCGGAAGAUGAGAAAGAACAAAAAGAAAAAGAAGAAGACGAAGAACCUAAAGUGAAUACUGAAAAAAAUAAUCGGAAUCUAGUCAUAAUCAAUGAGACGCCUACUACUACUACUACUACCACUACUACGGCAACUGAAUCUACUGAUAAACUGAAAAAUAUCACUAGCACUAGUAAUUCUACAACUCAUUACAAAGAGGCAGAUGAUCAGAAUGUACAAUGCUCUAAUGACUCUUUAAUGAAGACAUUUACAGAAAAACCACACUUUCAAUUUGUUUAUUCUGCAUCUACAGGCAAUGGGCAUGUUCCACAUCAUAACAACAACAGUAAUAAUAACAAUAAACACUCCAUUGAUCAUUCAGAUAAUCAUCACAAUGCAUCAUUGUGUAAUAUUAGAAUGGUGUGA